AUGAAUAAUUUGAGAUUACUGGCAACUAGAUUUUUAAUUCUAGUAUUAAUCAGUUUAAAUAUUAUUGGUUAUGUGUUAUCACAAAAUGUUGAGACUGAGGAUAAAUUGAGUAGAUCUAGUCACUUAGCUGAUCGAAUCUACUACAAUAGGUAUCAUUCAAAUAAUGCCAAAUAUUUAGUUUGGUUAUUAGUUUUGGUACCAGUAUUUAUAUGUAUUCCGUGCUUAAUUUGGGUCUGGUGUAGUGACCACUGCCUGCAAAUUCUUAAAUAUAGGAGUAACAUGAAAGUUCUCAAGGAGAAAAAGCUUAUGAAUGAAAUCAUUCUGACCAAUUUGAGUGACAGUAUAUUCAAUAAAGAGUUACCAGGUGGUAAUUCAUCUCUUCCUCAUCCACCACCACCAUUACCACAUCAAAUUCCAAUACCUCAACCACAACCAAAUUUUCCUCCUCAAAUGGGAGUAAUUACAUCUCCUCCCCCUGUUCCAGUUCCCCCUACUCCUACUCCUUUCCCUCAACUAACACCUCAACCAGUAUUGUUGGAAGGGUCUCAAUAUAGUUCUGUAAUUCCUACUCAUGUACAGUUAUCUCCUUCAUAUAUCCCGAAUUUAAAUAUUUCUGGGCCAGUAAACUUGGGAUUAUCUCACCAUACACAACAAGAACAUGUUCAUCAUCAUUGUGGUUCUGGUGCCUAUUAG